CCUCUUCCUCGCACACGUCCCCCCAGCUGGAUGCAGGAGGCAGGGCCGCCACCACGCCGUGGCGAGCGCAAGCUUUAUUCCCUUCUGCAUGAGGACAUCGAGCAACUGAAAGACUACAUGGGCGCCUGCAAUGACUGGAGCGAAAGAAUUCAGGCUGAAGUGGCAAAGCUGUACACCUUACUUGAAACAACCCAGGGUGAUAUCGAAACCAUAAGAACAGACAGUGAAGGUCUGAAGACCGUGGACGUCGCUACCCCCGAACUGGACACACAGAUCAAGGACACACUUGGUGCCCUACAACCGCUGGUCAAGAAGCAGUCCGAGAAAGUGCGGGCGUUGUCAGAUGCCGUGAGCGCGUGUGAUUUUCACCUAUCGUCGCAGCAGAAGGAGGCGCUUGAGAUUGAAUCCGUGACCCAGACCAAACUCGACAGGGCGCACCGCCUUGCACGUCGUAUCCACUCGCGUCUCUCGGAGAAAUUCAACGGCGCUCUCAUCCCAAUGGAUCUCGCGCUCUGGGGCAACAUCCACCAUCCCAUGAGCGGGCUCGUACCGGUUCGGGCGGGCGGCGACAGCGCGUUUGCACACAUCCACAAGACAACAGAGGAAACGUUGCUGCUCACAGUAGCAGGAGUCACAGCACGCAAUGCAAUGCACGGGCAUAUGCGGCUCUUCUGAGGCAGUUGCACAGGGCAGCGCCGCCGUCCACUGCUCGCUCUUUCGCGCGCUCCUCCUUCAACUCCACGAGACGAAUACGGCGUGGGUGCUUCGCCUUGGGCGGGAUAGCGGUGAUUAUCACAGCGCAAGCAGCACGAACAAUUCCAAAGCCGGGAGAAAUGAUGGCAACCGAACAAGAGUCACAAGCAAGACAAGCCAUCGGCAACAGCGGCGACAGCCACAGCAACACAACAAGAGUGCUGAGCGCCACGAUAAUGGUGGCAAUGUUGAUGCUGGGGUGUUUGCGUGUCUGUCUGUGUUGACACCAACACACGCUGCGCUCACCCUCCUCACAGAUGCGUGCGUCGAAGCGCUUGAGGAGUUGACAUCCUUUCGGGCACAGGAGCACACGACAGUGGCAACCGGCAGCACCAGCAGUAGCAAGAGUCGAAGCAGCAGCAACACCACCAGCACCAGCACCAGCACCAGCAUAAGCACCAGCAGCACCAGCACUGCCGUGUGCGGGUGUGGUGGCGUUUCGGCACCACCGCGACCCCUGUGGCUGGGAUGGCUCACCGGUGAUGGCAUCAAGCACCUGAUGCACACACCAGGCCGCCACACCCUCUCUGUUGGUCGAGCAAAGGACGAUCCACACACCACCGUGUUCCGUGCACGCCAGCGCACGCCAGCCACACCCACAACACCAACGCACACCAGCACAAUCACCCCCACCCCCACCACCACCACGCCGCCACCGCAGCUGUGGCAGGCGUAUGGACGGACUACACCAACAUCACCAGCAACAGCAUCAUCACCCAUCACACCACCACCGCCGUUGCUAACGCGUCGUUCACAUUCGCAUGCGCGCAGUGCGGAUGUGUCAGCCUCACCCGAUACAGCACUCACCACCAACGGCACGACGACGCCAAGCAGCCGGCGUCAAUCCCACGGCGAUGGUGGUGAUGGUGAUGGUGGU